AAUAACAAAAAUAUGAUGUCAAACUUGUACGGAGGGACGGAGUCGAGUGUCAGGGGGAGUGUCGCGGCGAGCGGUCGUGUCAGGAGCUUAAACAAACACUCGCUAGGCAAAGACCUGCUUUAGUAAUCUACAUACUUAGCGGUGCUCGGCCGUGAUUGUAGUCGGGGCCGGGAGGUCACUGGCACCAGAGUCUAGGCGACGCGCACCACCGUCCCAGCCGAUCGUGAAAAAUGUUCGUGUAUAAUACAAGGCUUCUAUCAUUGGUGUGCUGCUUGAUCGUGCACCUGAGAACAGUUCGAGCUGAAUUUAGUGAUCCUGUUAUCAUAAAUGCACUGAACACAGAACCUACGACUCACCAGGCUGGUCGUAACAUAAGCGUGGUUGGCGACGAGUUUGUAUUGGACGGCAAACCGCUAAGGAUCAUAUCCGGUUCCCUGCACUACUUCCGGCUGCCGGCCGCCUACUGGAGGGAUCGAUUACGUAAACUUAAAGCUGCAGGACUUAACUCUGUGUCUACGUACGUUGAAUGGAGCUACCACGAGCCGGAGGAAGGGCAGUACAUAUUCGAGGGGGAUCGGGACGUCGCCCGCUUUGUCCAGAUCGCAGCCGAGGAGGGCUUGCACGUGUUGCUGCGACCUGGUCCUUACAUAUGUGCUGAGAGAGAUUUGGGUGGAUUGCCGUACUGGCUGCUAGGCAAAUAUCCCAACAUAAGGCUGCGUACUGUUGAUAAAGAUUUUAUUCGUGAAACUGAAGAAUGGAUGGCAAAACUGUUUACGUAUUUGAAACCAUUAUUGCUUGGAAAUGGCGGACCAAUUAUAUUAGUUCAGGUAGAAAAUGAAUACGGCAGUUAUGGACGAGACAAGAAAUAUAUGGGAGCAGUUCGUGAUAUAUUGUUAUCGCACGUGGACGACAAAGCCCUGUUGUACACGACUGACGGUACAGAUCCAUCUAUGUUCCUCAGUGGAUCAAUUGAUGGCGCUGUGCCUACUAUUGAUUUUGGUAGUUACUCCGACGUUGGGAGAGUUAAGCGAACAUUCCGUCGUUAUUUCCCGCACGGGCCGCUGAUGAAUUCUGAAUACUAUUCCGGCUGGCUCACACACUGGAAUGAAUCGCUGCAGCAGAUAUCUGGACGACAUCUAGUGGAAACACUUCGCGUCUUGUUGGACAACCAAUUCAAUGUUAACUUCUACAUGUUCUUUGGUGGUUCUAACUUUGAAUUUACUUCUGGUGCAAAUUACGAUAGGUCUUAUUUACCUGAUAUAACGUCGUACGACUAUGACGCACCACUAACCGAAGCAGGAGAUCCGACAGAGAAAUAUUAUCUCAUAAGAGAUACUUUAGCAACGUACUAUUCAGAAGUGAAGAGCAUUCCACUGCCUGUGGUAUCUAAAAAAGCGGCAUACGGUGAAGUAAUUUUACAACCAAAAGGCAGCAUUUUAAGUACAAACGGACGCAGUCAUUUAGGGAAGAAAUACAAUGAAGUAAGGGGUUCUAAGUUACCGACGUUCGAAACUUUGAGACAAAGAGCUGGGUUGUUACUUUAUGAAACAAUAGUUAAUGAUACAAGCGGAGAAUUAAUUAUUACGAAGCCACGUGACACUGUAUAUGUCUACGUCGAUAAAGAAUUACAAGGAGUUCUUUAUAGAAAUUGCAAGCAAACCUCCGUUAACUUGACAACUAAACCAGGAUCGACUCUAUCAUUACUGGUGGAAAAUCAAGGGCGUAUCAAUUACGGUAAUCGUCUUCAUGACUACAAAGGUAUUCUUAGUCCAGUCCAAUACAAUGGCAAAGUCCUCGACGGUAAAUGGUCCGUGACAGGAUAUCCUUUAAAUUUUGUAGGAUUACAUAGUUUUAAAACAGAUGAAAUAGAUCCUAAGGAAGGUCCUGUUGUUUUUGAAACUUUCUUCCAUAUCCCGAGUCAUAUGAAGAUUUUGGACACUUACCUCGAUACUACUGGUUGGGGAAAGGGUUACGUGUGGAUAAAUGGUAACAAUCUGGGCCGCUAUUGGCCCGGCGUGGGACCUCAGGUGACCCUUUACGUGCCGGGCGUGUGGCUCCGAACUGGAGACAACACCAUCUCAGUGCUAGAAUUAGAAGACGAAUUGACAUCAGAGUUGGGUCCGCCGUGUAGCCUCAUCUUAGCCGAUGGCUCCGUGCAUACGGGUAGGAGCUUCGGGGCUCAAGUCCCCAUGGAGGGGGAAGUCGUAUUUCAGACGGGUAUGGUAGGCUAUCCCGAAUCGCUGACAGAUCCCUCAUACCACGCACAACUGUUGGUGCUAACCUAUCCACUGGUCGGCAAUUACGGAGUGCCCAAUGAGGAAGAACGCGAUGAGCAUGGUAUACCAAGAUGGUUUGAGUCGGAGCGUAUUUGGGCCGCCGGUCUAAUCGUAGGCGAAGUGAGUAGUCACGCAUGUCACUGGCGAGCCCAACGCUCGCUGGGGGCAUGGCUGCGCGCGCGCGGCAUACCCGGCCUGUGUGGCGUUGACACACGCGCCCUCACACAUCGCCUACGAGAGGGAAUUAUGCUAGGCCGCAUUGUACAAGGCACGCCACCCUCAGCGCCCAUGCCUCCUAUAUCAGACCCCAACUUAAGAAAUCUUGUAGCCGAAGUUUCUACGAAGGAGCCUAAAAUUUUUAACCCCAAUGGAGAAGUGACAAUAAUGGCGGUCGAUUGCGGCCUAAAAUACAAUCAAAUACGGUGCUUAAUAAAAAGAAACGCUAAAGUUAUUUUAGUACCUUGGGAUUAUGAUUUAGUAUCGCAAGAUUUCGAUGGAUUGUUUAUAAGCAACGGUCCUGGCGAUCCAGUGAUGUGUAAAAAAGUCGUUGAUAAUUUAAAGAAAGUUAUUGAAAAUAAGAACAAUGUAAAACCGGUAUUUGGAAUAUGCCUAGGUCAUCAGUUAUUGGCGACUGCAGCUGGCUGUAAAACAUAUAAAACAAGAUACGGCAAUCGUGGUCACAACUUGCCUUGUACCCACAGUACUACGAAAAGGUGUUUCAUGACUUCACAAAAUCAUGGGUUUGCAGUAGACGCUAAAACACUGCCCGUUGAUUGGAAAAUAUUAUUCACCAAUGAAAAUGAUAAAACUAAUGAGGGGAUAAUUCACAAGUCUUUACCAUUCUUUAGUGUUCAGUUCCACCCCGAGCAUACAGCUGGGCCUACAGAUCUAGAGUGUCUUUUUGAUAUUUUUAUAAAAGGAGUAAAUUCUUAUAAAAACAAAACUGUUUGUUGCAUAGAUGACAUGAUAACAGAGCAAUUAACAUACAUUCCAACACUUCCCGAAAAACCAAAAAAGGUAUUAAUAUUGGGUUCAGGGGGUUUAUCUAUUGGACAAGCCGGUGAAUUUGAUUAUUCAGGAUCCCAGGGAGUUAAAGCUAUGCAGGAAGAAAAAAUUCAAACCGUUUUAAUAAAUCCAAACAUAGCAACAGUACAAACAUCAAAAGGCUUAGCUGACAAAGUUUACUUUUUACCUAUAACGCCAGAAUAUGUAGAGCAAGUGAUAAAAGCCGAACGACCAACCGGUGUUCUCUUGACCUUUGGUGGCCAAACUGCUUUAAAUUGCGGCGUUGAACUUCAAAAAUCAAAGGUCUUCGAAAAAUACAACGUAAAAGUUCUGGGGACACCGAUUCAAUCUAUUGUGGAUACCGAAGAUAGAAAAAUCUUUGCUGAGAAAAUUAACUUGAUUGGAGAAAAAGUAGCGCCAAGUGCAGCGGUGUCCUCAGUAGACGAAGCAAUUGCUGCAGCAUUGCAGAUCGGGUAUCCAGUGAUGGCUCGCUCUGCGUUCUCCCUCGGUGGGCUCGGUUCAGGAUUUGCAAAUAACGAAGAAGAACUCAGAACAUUAGCCCAUCACGCUCUUUCACAUUCGGAGCAAUUGAUCAUUGAUAAAUCAUUAAAAGGAUGGAAGGAAGUUGAGUAUGAAGUAGUUAGAGAUGCAUACGAUAAUUGUAUCACUGUCUGUAAUAUGGAAAAUGUAGAUCCUCUGGGAAUACACACGGGCGAAUCCAUUGUCGUGGCACCUAGCCAAACGUUAUCUAAUAGAGAAUACUACAUGUUACGUAAUACGGCAUUAAAAGUUAUAAGACAUUUCGGUAUUGUUGGAGAAUGUAACAUACAAUACGCCCUAAAUCCUAAUUCAGAAGAAUUUUACAUUAUAGAAGUAAAUGCUAGAUUGUCAAGAAGUUCAGCGCUGGCAAGUAAGGCGACAGGAUACCCACUCGCAUAUGUUGCAGCCAAACUAGCACUGGGAAUCUCUUUACCUGAAAUCAAAAAUUCUGUAACAGGUGUUACUACAGCUUGUUUCGAACCAAGUUUAGAUUAUUGUGUUGUUAAAAUACCCAGAUGGGACCUGGCUAAAUUCAACAGAGUGAGCACCAAAAUUGGAAGUUCCAUGAAAAGUGUAGGAGAGGUGAUGUCAAUUGGAAGGAAUUUCGAAGAAGCUUUCCAGAAAGCUUUGCGUAUGGUGGAUGAAAAUGUUAAUGGUUUUGAUCCAAAUAUAAAAAAAGUGAACGAAGAUGAAUUGAGAGAACCCACUGAUAAACGGAUGUUUGUAUUAGCAGCUGCACUUAAACAAGGGUACACAUUAGAUAAACUUUAUGAGCUUACAAAAAUUGACCGUUGGUUUUUAGAAAAAUUUAAAAAUAUUAUCGAUUACUACAAAAGUCUCGAAACGACUCCUCCCAAUAUCAUAAGUUCCCUCGAUUUAAAAACGGCGAAACAAAUUGGAUUUUCGGAUAAACAAAUCGCAGCCGCUGUUAAAAGUACUGAACUGGCAAUUAGAAAACUUCGAGAGGAAUAUAAUAUAACUCCUUUCGUCAAACGAAUCGAUACAGUUGCAGCAGAAUGGCCGGCAUCCACAAACUAUCUUUAUCUUACAUACAAUGGAAUGACACAUGAUUUGGAUUUCCCUGGUGAGCAUGUCAUGGUUCUGGGAUCCGGCGUUUACAGAAUCGGAAGUUCAGUUGAAUUCGACUGGUGUGCUGUUGGUUGUCUUAGAGAAUUAAAAAAUCAAGAUAAGAAAACUAUAAUGAUAAAUUAUAACCCAGAAACUGUUAGUACUGAUUAUGACAUGAGCGAUAGGUUAUACUUUGAAGAAAUAUCUUUCGAAGUUGUCAUGGAUAUUUAUAAACUUGAAAAACCCGAUGGGGUUAUACUUUGUAUGGGUGGACAAUUGCCAAAUAAUAUUGCAAUGGAUUUACACAGACAACAAGCUGUUAUUUUGGGCACCUCACCCGAUAUGAUUGAUAAUGCAGAAAAUAGAUUUAAAUUUUCACGUAUGUUGGAUCGGAAAGGAAUACUUCAACCGCGUUGGAAAGAACUUACUGACCUCGAGUCGGCGAAAGCGUUUUGUGAGGAAGUGGGUUUUCCGUGCUUAGUACGUCCUUCAUACGUACUCAGCGGUGCUGCUAUGAACGUAGCUCAUUCUAACCAAGAUUUAGAAGUAUAUUUAAAAUCGGCUAGUAAAGUAAGUAAGGAUUAUCCCGUUGUUAUUUCCAAAUUUAUUAUGGAUGCUAAAGAAAUUGACGUUGAUGUGGUAGCGGCUGAUGGGACUAUUCUUUGCAUGGCUGUCUCUGAACACGUUGAAAAUGCUGGCGUUCAUUCCGGCGACGCGACACUAGUAACGCCACCACAAGAUAUAAACAAUGAAACGUUAGAUAAAAUUAAAGAAAUUGCAAGAAUAAUAGCGGAAACUUUAGACGUUACGGGGCCGUUUAACAUGCAGCUUAUUGCUAAAGACAAUGAAUUAAAAGUUAUUGAAUGUAAUGUCAGAGUAUCCAGAUCCUUCCCGUUCGUUUCAAAAACCCUCGAUCACGACUUUGUUGCGAUGGCAACUAAAGUAAUCCUGGGUAUCCCGGUAGAGCCCGUAAAUGUUAUGGCCGGGUGCGGAAAGGUUGGUGUUAAGGUUCCACAGUUUUCUUUCUCGAGAUUAUCUGGAGCAGACGUAACUCUGGGUGUGGAAAUGGCGUCAACAGGUGAAGUCGCAUGUUUUGGUGAGAAUCGAUAUGAAGCUUACUUGAAAUCACUCAUGAGCACAGGUUUCAGAAUACCUAAAAAGGCGAUAUUGCUUUCUGUCGGGACAUUUAAGCAUAAAAUGGAAUUAUUACCAAGCGUUCAAAUUUUACACAAGAUGGGUUAUAAAUUAUACGCAAGCAUGGGAACUGGAGACUUUUAUGCAGAGCACGGUGUCGAGGUUGAGAGUGUUCAAUGGACCUUUGAUCACAUUGGUGAUCCAGAGGACGACAGGUCUGACGGUGAGCUGAUGCACCUCGCUGACUUCAUGGCCCGACGCCAGUUGGAUCUUGUCAUCAAUCUACCGAUGCGAGGAGGUGCGCGGCGCGUCUCAUCGUUCACUACGCACGGGUACCGCACUCGUCGGCUUGCUGUCGAUUACGCAGUUCCCUUGGUCACUGAUGUUAAAUGCGCUAAACUUCUAGUUCAGGUAUUUCCUUUUGGUCUGAUUUGUAAAACAUCACAGUUUCCAUAAAUUAACCAUAAAAUUACAUUAUUUCAGGCUAUGUUGCAAUGCGGUGGGGCGCCAUUAAUGAAAACACAUACAGAUUGUAUGACAUCACGUAAUAUCAUUAAAUUGCCUGGGUUUAUUGACGUUCACGUCCAUGUUCGCGAACCUGGAGCUACUUAUAAAGAAGAUUUCGCAUCAUGUACAGCCGCCGCCCUUGCGGGAGGCGUCACCAUGAUAUGUGCAAUGCCCAACACGAAUCCACCUGUGGUCGAUCGCCAAGCAUUCGACUAUGUGUCCGCUCUGGCAAGAGUGAGCGCCCGUUGUGACUAUGCUCUGUUCGUAGGUGCAUCUUCUACCAACUACGAUACCGCCUGCGAGUUAGCCCCACAAGCCUCAACUUUAAAAAUGUACCUAAAUCAAACAUUUACUACCCUGCAACUCGACGAUAUGACUAUUUGGCAAAGGCAUUUACAAAAUUGGCCAAAGAAAAUACCAAUUUGCGUCCACGCUGAACGCGAAAAAACAGGUGCAGUUAUAUUAAUGGCUUCAUUGCUAGAUCGACCCGUUCAUAUUUGCCACGUCGCCCGAAAAGAAGAAAUUUCUAUCAUCAGGGCAGCGAAGAAAGGAGGUCUAAAAGUGACGUGUGAAGUAUGCCCACAUCAUCUAUUUUUAAGCACAGAUAACGUAGAUGACAUCGGUUCAGGCCGCGCCGAGGUCCGACCGGUUCUGUGCAGUCCUGAAGACCAAGCUGAACUUUGGAAAAAUAUGGACAUUAUUGACGUGUUUGCAACCGAUCACGCACCACAUACUGUCGAAGAGAAAAACUCAGAGAAACCUCCUCCGGGAUUUCCAGGCCUCGAAACAAUUUUACCGUUGUUACUUAAUGCUGUGCACGAAGGUCGUCUAACGAUCGAAGAUAUUAUUAAUAAAUUUCACAGAAAUCCUCGUAAAAUCUUCAACUUGCCCGAGCAACCGAACACGUAUGUAGAAGUGGACAUGGACUACGAAUGGACCAUUCCGAAUGCAAUGGAAUUUUCGAAAUCCAAGUGGACUCCAUUCGCAGGAAUGAAGGUGUGCGGGGCAAUUCAUCGUGUAACAUUACGCGGGGAAAUAGCUUAUGUUGAAGGUCAAAUCCUUGUGCCACCAGGAUUCGGACAGAAUGUGCGCGAUUGGCCAUCGCCCAAAAAACAAACUUUCGCUACAUAUGCUAUCGAAAAAGCGGAGAAAGAAUUGAGUCGACCGAACUCUGCCCUCGAUCAUCAAACAUCUACAGAGUUGAGUCGAUUAAGCGAUUUUGAUCUGGAUCAAGUAGAGCCAAGCAAACCCGACGGUUCGGGUAAAUUAAACGUCCAUUUUAACGAUGCAACCGGACUCAGGAGUAUGUCACCACUUCCUCCUCAAACAACAAUGCGCCAAAGAUGUGACAGUUCCUCGUAUGGUAACACUCCUCAGACCUUAUCACAUCGUCAGAAAAGCGAUCUGUUCGGUAAGAGUAUAUUAACCGUCGAUUCGUUUACUAAAGAAACGCUGAACGACAUUUUCAAUCUUGCUCAAUUUAUGAAAACCAGCGUGAGUAAAGGUCGGUACUUGGAUGACAUAUUAAGAGGAAAGGUUAUGUCUUCAAUAUUCUAUGAAGUCAGCACACGAACUAGUUGCAGUUUCGCAGCCGCGAUGCAGAGACUCGGCGGCUCUGUCAUACAUACAGACGCCACAAGUUCUUCAGCAAAGAAAGGUGAAACUUUGGAAGAUAGCGUUGCAGUAAUGGCUAGUUAUUCGGAUAUUGUUGUAUUAAGACAUCCAGAACCGGGAGCUGUAGCGCGCGCCUCGCGACACUGCCGCAAACCAAUUAUCAAUGCAGGAGAUGGAGUCGGCGAACAUCCAACUCAAGCACUGCUAGAUGUUUUCACGAUAAGAGAAGAGAUUGGUACAGUUAACGGCCUCACUAUAACAAUGGUUGGAGAUCUUAAGAAUGGACGCACAGUUCACUCUCUGGCAAGAUUACUUACUUUGUAUCAAGUUCAACUGCAGUAUGUUAGUCCGCCCGGACUCGGCAUGCCGAAACAUAUAAUGGAUUAUGUGGCAUAUAAGGGCAUUCCACAAAAAGUGUACGAAAGAUUAGAGGACGUGUUAGCUGACACUCACGUUCUUUACAUGACCAGAAUUCAGCGUGAAAGAUUCGACAGUCAAGAGGAAUAUGAAAAGAUGCGUGGAUUGUUAGUUGUGACUCCUCAACUCAUGACACGGGCCCGAAGACGAAUGAUUGUGAUGCAUCCUUUGCCAAGAGUCGACGAAAUAUCCCCGGAAUUCGAUUCCGAUCCUCGCGCCGCGUACUUCCGUCAAGCUGAGUAUGGCAUGUAUGUGCGAAUGGCUCUGUUGUCAAUGGUAGGUGGGGUCAACCCACUUAUUUAGCAUUCCAUAAACAAACCGAGUAAAUAACUAACCAGAGUAUGUAUUACUACAGUGCUUAUGUACAAAUUUUAUUACAAACAAUAUUUUAAAUAUUUCGAUUUAAGAAAAUCUUUAAACGAAAUUGUAAAUGAGAAUAUAACGAAAGAAAUAAAUUUUUGCCACAUG